AUGAAAGCUGCUAAAUUGGGAACUGAAGAUGUUACAUUCUCGGAUAGGAUCAGUAAAUUACCUGACGAUUUGCUCUUACAAAUCCUCUCAUUGGUCCCAAUAAGCGAUGCAAUGAAGACAAGCUUACUGUCUAAACGAUGGAGAUCUUUGUGGAAGAUGAUGCCAGUGCUUAAGUACGAUGAAAACACUUGUCCCAACACUGGUUCCCUUGGAUUUGUCGACGUUUGCACCAGGUCAUUGCAAUUACAUGAAACUCCUCUUCUCAAAAGCCUAAAACUCGAACAAAAGAGACACUCUAAUUCUUGUCUGAAAUGGCCAAUUUUCCAAAAUAACAGUAGAGUCUUGCAGAAUCUGGUCGUCCUAAAGCUCUACACGACUAAUCUUGAUUUUGCUGAUUCAGGUGAAUCACUACCGGUUUGUUUCCGGUCCCUGAAAAGUUUGCACCUCUUUCGUGUGACGUUAAAGGACACAAAAUCUUUCUGCAGACUAUUAUCGGCUUGUCCUGUUCUUGAAGAUCUCUUCUUCUUCAUCUUGGUGGACGCAAAAGUUACCGUUCAUGAGUCAAAAACAGGGAAGCUAAUGAAAUUUCUUACUUCACUUGAGCAUCUUUCCAUAGGUUUAUACCCUUCAAUGGCUUCACAUCUUACAGGUACAUCAAUCUCCAACCGGCUUCUUCAUCUGGAACUAAAUAUUUACAGCGACAUUCAUCUGAAUCUGCUUGUGCGUUUACUUCGAGAUGCUCCCAAGUUACGAGCUCUCAAGCUCAACCACAAAAGCUGGCUUCAUACCGGAGAUACCGAGGACCAACCGAGCUCUGUUCCUGAAUGCUUGAGCUUCCAUCUCGAAACUCUUCAAUGGAUUGGGUAUGAAAGAACACUAGAAGAGAGAGAAUCAGCGGUUUACAUUCUGAAAAACGCUCAUCGUUUAAAGACUGCUACGUUCUCUCUACGUUCAUCGACCACAGACCAUCGUAUGCUGAUGAUAAAGGAUUUGAGAUCUAUGACUAAAGCUUCAGCGUCAUGUCAGCUUGUAAUUAAAUUUUAG